AUGUUACUUCUUAACGUGGUGUUAAUUUCGUUUUAUCUAUAUGCAAGUCUAGCAAGUAGUCUUGAUGUAUUGAACGGAACGGAGCUAGUGUUUACUUUCCUGGUACAUCGACACGGUGAUAGAACACCUGUGCAAGAGUACCAGUACCUAAGCGAUAGGCCUGAAUUACUGGAUAAAAUAAUAGCACCGCUCGGAUACGGCCAACUAACUGACCUUGGAAAACGUCGAGCCUACGAACUGGGAAAAUUCAUAAGAAGUAGAUAUAACAAUUACCUUUCGCCUAAAUAUAACCACUCAGAAAUUUACAUCCGGUCUACCGACUCCAUUCGCGCUAAGAUGACGGUACUAGUGGCGAUGGCAGCUGUUUAUCGCCCUGAUGGCCGUGGCUGGAGUGAAGAUAUCAACUGGGUUCCAGUACCGUACACCACUGUACCAUUGCGUUAUGACUUCCUCAUGGGCUUUAACUGUCCAAAGUUGGACGAGUAUCAUAAAAUAUUAGUAAAUACUUAUGUCCCCGAAAUGGCAAAAUAUAGUGACGUAUUGGAUCGGCUUUCUACAGCGCUGAAACAAGACAUCUUAAAAAGUAACCCAGUUAAAAUAUUCUACGCAUAUGACUUGUUCGUUAGCCAGACAAAUAUGGGUAUUUCUGUCAAACCAUCAAUACAGACAAUGAUGCCGGAUAUAAAAGAGGCAGCUGACAAAGCAUUUGAUAUAUUAAAUGCUAACGAUACCAUGCUGCCAUUACAAGCUGGUUUACUUUUAAAAGAAUUCUUCGAAGUAUCCGCAUCAGCAGCUGCUGGAGAGCCCACUCAAACAGUGAGGAUUUACUCCGCACACGACCACAACGUUUAUGCCUUCGCGGCGAUAUCCAAAGCAGUACCUACACAGGGCAUACCGCCGUAUGCUGGGUUAUUUGCACUGGAAUUAAGGAGAAUGGUGGAAACGGGAAGAUAUGUCGUUUUGCCAAUUUACGUGAGAUCUCCUGGUGAACAAGUGCAGUACCUAGAGAUUCAAGGAUGUGAUGGACCGCUGUGCGACCUCAAGAAGUUUUAUGCAAUCACUUCUCCGUAUCUGCUUGAGGUUGACGAGUGGAAGGAAAAGUGUAACUAUGAUGAGGACGCUACGUUUAAUUCUGAAGGCUUCGAUUGA